CAAUUCAUCUGCGCCCAGCCCAUGAUUCGCCAUCGAAUCGGGUUUCUCUACCACCACUGCUGCCACCAGGCAGCACCACGGGAGUGGCGGCAGAUCUCAUCCACGCCGAAUCUAGCUUCAUGGGUAGACACAGUCAAGGCCGUCUUCACUGGAGAAAAGCCUUCCGGGACCUUCACGCUCCUAUCUUUUGCGAAUGAGCUGAGCAAUGCGAGGAAGUUGUCAAAUUGGAAGCAGUACGUGGUGGGGAGAAGUAGUGACGCCACUUUCACUGAUGCCUUUGCUAAACAAGAAGCCAUUCUUCGUUGCCUUGGCGGAUUUGAUCCCACUGGAGAGAAUCUUCAAAAUAGUCAAAAGCAAGAGGCGGCAAAGAUAUGCAAAUGCACAAUAACAGAAGUUGAGGAUGCUUUGGCGAAGUAUACCUGGGCGAAAGAUGCACAAAAGAAGCUUGAGAGGCUGAAGGAAGAAGGAAAGCCCAGGCCAAAGAGCAUGGCUGAGAUUCAACAGCUGAUGGGAUCAACUCCUAUGGAUCUUGCACGCUCAAACUUGGCAAAGAGUGGACAAAUUACUAGGAAUGCACCCUGCCCCUGUGGUUCAAAUAAGAGAUAUAAGCGGUGAUGUGGGAAGGAUUAAAAACCUACGGUGUUGCAAAGAACAAAAAGGUGGGG